AUGAAUGCCGCCGUUCAAAGUCCCGUUUUGGAUGCAUUCGCUGUCGACGUCGUCGACACUCAAGUGGUGCGAUGGCCUAGACUCCAUCAAACGCACCCGUCGAUCCGACAGCAGAAGCACCUCGAUACGCAAGGGCGAACCGUCUUCUUUGAAGGGGGUUUCGAUACCUCAGCCCCCCCUGGAUCUGGACUCUACUACUACAUCUGGCGCGAUAUCCGAUACCCCAACCCCUGA